CUCGUGCUCAGCCUCUCACCAAAAAAUGUUGGAUUUUUGCCAAGCUGUUUUUUAAGCUAUUUAAAGAGAUGCAAAUGAUGCUGGAGCAUCAUUAUCUUAUUGAACUCACAUAAUAAUAUUCUGCACACUAGAUCCAGCACAGAAUCAAGUCAUGCUGCUGUUCCUGAUGUUGACUUUGUCCUCACUGGGCCACUCGACUCCUCUCUUUAACACGUCCCUGCCACUGGACUGUGAAGAUGUUUAUGAUCUAAAGAUAAGCGUAAUGGAGAACGCCUCUGUUCCCAGUGGAGUGUACACCAUUUACCCAGCAGGGCCUAAUAAACCUGUGAAUGUGUACUGUGAUAUGGGCUGCCUGGAAAAUGGUGGCCACCAGGAUGAGCAGUGGACAGUGAUUCAGAGGAGAAUCAAUGGCAAUGUGAGUUUCUAUCGACCAUGGCAGCAGUAUAAGAAUGGGUUUGGUGAUCCUGCUGGUGAAUACUGGCUAGGUCUGGAGAACAUGUACGUGAUGACCAACACAGAGAAGUAUCAGCUGAGAGUGGACAUGGAGGAUUUUGAAAAAGGCAGUGCCUACGCCCAGUACAAUACAUUCUAUAUCAGCCAAGAAUCCACUAACUACAUGCUGAAUAUUGCUGGCUACAUCAACGGAGGAGCAGGUGAUUCGUUGUCCUUUGUGAAUGGAAGAGGUUUUUCAACCUUUGACAAAGAUCUAACAGGAAACUGUGCCGAGACUAACGCUGGAGGAUUUUGGUACAACUCAGGGUACUGGUCAACAUGCCACUAUGCCAACCCAAAUGGUCUUUACAAAUAUGGGAAUGUGAACACAGCAUAUUCAGGGAUCAUGUGGCAGUCCUGGAAAGGUUACUACUACUCACUGAAGACCAUCGUGAUGAAGAUCAGGCGCAUUCGUGUGGAAGAUCUCACAAAACCUUAGCUUUCCAGACCUAGAAAGCCAGAAGAAUAGUGAGAAAAUCUAAUAUUUCUGAAUGCUAUUGGUGACAGAUCUUCAGGAAAAUGUCAAAAUCUACUCAUCCAUUAAUCCUAAUAAUCAGUAUUUGAGUUUAUCCUGUGGUACAUACCCCUGUCAUGUCUUCCUUUCUCGGGUGUAUUAGUUUCCUGUCUUAAUGAAAUAGGUACAGUUACUGUUUUUUCUUAUAUUCAUUUUUAAUUAAAAGUUAUUUGUGUUCAUUAAUCUUUCACUUCUUUUCAACUUCAUAUAAUAAAUGAAAAUCCAAUAUAUUCUGAAUGAAAUAAAGAUUGAGCAAGAGCAAUUGA